AUGAUGCAUAUAUUUAUUACAGGAGAGUACUUUCAUUUUAUAAAAAUUAAGUAUUCAAAAAAGUAUUGUUGAUCUUUGUCAAGCAUUUGAAACAAAUCAUAUCAAAGAUAUAAAUCAGAUAUUCAUUAUAAUUUUGUAAUUCAAUUUGUCAAUCUUGAUGUAUUUGACAAAGCAAUCUAACUAAUUACUAGUGCUAUGGAACUACAAAAAUAUAAACUGCUUAUAUAAAUGA